AUGAAACCAAGCAGCAUCCUCGCCACUACCGUGGCCUUCGCCCUGGCGGGAACCGCCUCGGCCGGUUCCCAGUUUGCCUAUACGGACCCCGCCAGCAUCCAGUCAUACGAAGACUUGCCAGAGUGCUUCCGGCUGUGCUUCAAAAUCAACCUCCAGGUCGAGCCGCCCAUCGACAUGAAGGAGAAGCUGAGGAUAUGCAGAUGGAGAGGCUGGCACAAGGUCGCGCAUCCGGCUAUACAUGCGAAGCACAUGUGGGAGGACCAGGAAUGCAUUCAUUACAUGUGCAACCCUAGAGGCGUGAGAGAUAUGAUGAGGACCGAGGUCAUGAAGGCUUAUUGCAAGGUAUGGUCCCUCUUUCGUGCUCCGUCGACUCCGGAAGCCGGCGAGUUUGGCGGUUUCUGA